AUGGCCUCUCAAUCUCAGACACCGAAAUGUUUUCCGGGGCCCGCGGCGGGGUACACCCAGUCAUUCUGGCGGACUCAACCAGAUCCCCUCGAUAGCUACCAAAGCACUCCAGAAUUGCCAACUGAAACCGAUAUUCUCAUUAUCGGAGGUGGCUAUGUCGGAGCAUCGGCUGCCUACCAUCUUCUAUCAGACCAGAAAGAACCAGCCCCGCGGGUGGUGCUUGUGGAAGCCCGCGAGCUGUGCUCCGGCGCCACCGGGCGGAAUGGAGGUCAUCUAAGGCCUGAUAUAUACUCAGCGACUGCCACGUAUACAGAGCGAUACGGACUCGAAGCAGCAGCCGAGAUUGUGCGAUUCGAAGUUGCGCACAUGAAAGAAAUAGAAGAUUUAGUUCGCAAAGAAAAUAUUGCUUGUGAGCUUACUUUCACGCGCAGUCUAGAUAUGUAUCUUGAUGAAGACCAGCUCAAGAAAGCGAAGAUCUUCUAUGAUUCUUUGAUUAGUCAAGGGCUGGACUUUAUGGAUGAUGUGAAGUAUCUUUCUGAGUCGGAGGCUCAAAAGGAAGCUUAUGUGCGCGAUGCCAAAGGAGGUUUCAGCUUCCCCACGGGCCACCUCUGGCCCUACAAGCUCAUAACAGGUCUAAUCCGCAUCGCCGUUGCAAAUGGCCUGAACCUGCAAACAAACACACCAGUAUCGGAGAUCAGCCAAUCCCAAAACCCAGAUGGUUCAUGGUCAGUAAGCACAAACCGAGGCACAAUUCAUGCUCGGAAGAUCAUCCUCGCAACCAACGCAUUCACCAGCGCGCUAGCCCCAGAAUACUCCAAGGCAAUUGUACCCUGCAAAGGAGUCUGUACUCAAAUCGUCGCGGCCCCGAAUGCACCCCAUCAAGAAUUACCCGGUACAUACGCCAUUCGAUUGGGGCCUGGUGCAUACAUCUACCAAAUCUCUCGGCAAGAUGGGUCCCUCAUUGUCGGUGGGGCAUCGCAUACUUUCAAACAUGAUCUGAGCGAGUGGUACAAUAACCCCGAUGAUGGGACGCUAGUCCGGAAUAUGGAGCAUUACUUCGAUGGGUAUAUGCAGCGGACGUUCUUUGGUUGGGAGGAUAGCGGGGCGGAAGUUAAGCAUAUUUGGAGUGGUGUUAUGGGAUAUAGCGCGGACUCUUUACCGCACGUUGGUAAUGUUCCCGGUAAAACUGGGCAAUUCAUUGCGGCGGGUUUCAAUGGCCAUGGUAUGCCUGUGGCAUACCUUUCUGGCAAGGCUGUUGCCAAUAUGGCGCGGGAUUCCGUCUCUUUCAGGGAGACUGGAUUGCCGCGCUUGUUUGAGACUUCGCUGGAACGAUUGAAGCCGGUUUACAAUGACAUUCUAGAAUAA